CCAACGUUUCUUUUGAUUCCCCUUAAUCUUUGCUAAUUUUAGUUGUUUAUUGCAUACUCUCUUCGUUUAUUGAUAUCCAUACAACUCAUUCGUAACUUAUUUUGCGACUUAAUCCAUUAACCCUUUAGUUAUUUAUGUAAAUUAUACAUCUUUAAUCUGCUGAUUAUAUUAUAUAUAAUACUUAAUCUUGAGGUUAGGGUGUAUAAUCUAGCAGGGAUGAUUGCAUACUUAAUCUUGAGGUUAGCUGAUAAUGUGUUGAGACAUUUAAAUAAUCCCUGUUGUGAUGUGAAAUGAAGGGCUAAAACCUCUGACCAUGACCCCCUGCCAACUGCUUUGACUGUGCUUUGGCGGCUAAUAUUAUUAUAACCCAUUGCUCCGUUUUCUAAUGCACGGGUUUUUGCCCAAACCCAUAUUUGAUUCCAAUGUCAUUACUCUUUUGCAUUCAUACAUAAGAUCACUGGUAGUAUCAUUGAACGUUUAAUGUUUAAAAAAAUUGAUUUUUUUUUCCGGUUCGCUGUUACUUUUGAUUUGGGCCUAACACUGUAUCUAAGCCGUGAAAGCUUCUUGCGUUGUCUUCUGUCGUGUCUGUCUGUGAUAAUCUUGAAUGUGUCUUGAGGUUUUGUUUUCCGACAAGGCAUGGAAAUCUCUAGAGAAGCGGGAAUGGUGAUGGAAAAUAAACGGAGUCUCUGCUCUCUUGAAGAAAGCAGCCUCGGUUCUCUUUCACCUAAACGCCACAGAUCCGAUCUCUCCUUUUCCUCAAAGGAGAGGAAGGACAGGGUGGGAGAACGUAUAUCAGCUCUUCAACAGAUAGUUUCCCCUUAUGGAAAGACGGAUACAGCAUCGGUUCUUCUGGAGGCAAUGCAGUACAUACAGUUUCUUCAUGAACAAGUCAAGGUGCUAAGUGCUCCAUAUCUACUGACUAACCCAGAAGCCAGAGUUCACGAGGAGAUGGAGCAUUAUUACAGCUUGAGAAACAGAGGCUUAUGCCUUGUCCCGAUCUCGUAUACAUCAGGAGUUUCUCAAAGCAACGGGGCUGAUAUCUGGGCGCCUGUCAAGACUCCUCCUCCUCCUCCAGCUUUCGGCCUCAGGUCUCACCCACCACCCUUCCAAUGAUAGAUUUCUUACCCAUAACAUCGAAUUCUACAGAUCUUUGACAAAGUGUAAGCGUUUCAACGGUAGCACCUGUAGCAUAUACAGAUCAAGAUUUGAAGAUCAGUUCAGGACAGCUAACUGUUUUUCUUAUGAGUGAUGGCUGUUCUGUUACUUCUACAUGCCUAAUUGCUUGAUGGGUGAUGCAUCCCUACUUCCUGAACUUGUAUACUAUUCACAAAAUGUAAGUUUAGCUAACUUUUCGCCGUCGUUUCAUGGAGAAAUUGUGAAAAAGUUUCUUCCUU